ACUGCCAUACAUGGGCAAUUUUCUGAACAGUCCUUUUGUGUGUGUGUGUGUCUGUGUGCUGCCGGCUGGAAUUUCGCCCUCUGACGUCACUGCCUGUUACUCUCCCAGAUUUGGGAAAAAGAAGUUUCACUUUAAGUGGGGAUUUGAAACUCAGUGAUUCUUAGAAAGCAAGGUUUGUGAUUAUUGGGUGAUUCGUUUUUGCUCCUGUCUGUUUGUUGGAAGAUAAUCUGAUAUUUAUACAGAACCAUGUGGGGUGGCCAGAAUGAUGGUGACCAUCAAGGUCAUGUGACUGCACGGAUGGAGACCUGCUUACCUAUGGGUACCACCAGCAUUUCUGUAUCCCAGCAACAGUCUCCUAAGAAGUUUGCUCCUGUUGUGGCUCCCAAGCCCAAGUUCAACCCUUAUAAACAACCGGGGGAGGCAGCACACGAGGGAGCUGGGGACUAUCCUCCACCUCCUCCACCUGCUGUUGACACCAGCGGGCUCCCUUGCCCCUCCACCUUCCCACCUCCUCCACCCAUGGAUGAGAGCUCCUUCGGCUUUCAGAUAAAGGGACCAGAGAAAACUCUAGAGGAGCGGCGUUCCAGUCUGGAUGCUGAGAUCGACUCCCUGACGAGCAUCCUGGCCGACCUAGAGAGCAGCUCCCCGUACAAACCGCGCACGCCACAGAAUUCUGCCAACCCAGCUGUGUCAGGCUCCAGUGCCCCUGUCACAGGCUACAGGCGCAUGGUUAUUCCAACCCAACCUCCUCUAACUGCUACCAAGAAAUCCACCCCGAAACCACAGGCCCCUCCAACUGUCUCUCCUGCGGCUUCCCCUGCUCCACGCCCUCAAUACCAGCCCACUCCCCAACCUGUCCCAGCAUCCUACACCACUGCCUCCACCCCGAGCCAACCCACCUUCAAUGUUCAGGUCAGGGCGGCCCAUUCUGGGCCCCAGCAGCAGCCGAUUCGCACCCCAGCCCAGGUGCAGUACAUGCCGGCUCAACCCAGAGCCCCUGACUUCGCAUACGGGCCUCCGCAGCCGGGAUUCUGCCCAGCUCCUUCAGGAGGCUACCAGGACCAGCACUAUGGUGGAGCUCCUGGUUAUGGAGGCCACAACACAUGGAGAGCUGAGCCAAGUCACCACGCUCCUCCUCCUGCCAGCCAAGGUUACCAGCCCAUCCCUCCGAAAAAGACCUACAUCACUGACCCUCCAGCCAGCCUGGCACCCUUCGGUGGUGGGCCUUCUGUUCCUCAUAAGGGCCGUCCUGAGGAGGAGCUGGACCGCCUGACUAAGAAGAUGUUGUAUGACAUGGACAACCCUCCCUCUCAGGAGUAUUUUGGUCGGUGUGCAAGCUGUGGAGAGAAUGUGGUGGGUGAGGGGACAGGUUGUACUGCCAUGGACCAGGUCUUCCAUGUGGACUGCUUCAUCUGCAUGACCUGUGGCUCCAAGCUCAGAGGGAAGCCUUUUUAUGCUGUUGAAAAGAAAGCUUACUGCGAGCCCUGCUAUAUUAACACCCUGGAGACCUGCAACAUAUGUAGUAAGCCUAUAAUGGAGCGUAUCCUGCGGGCGACUGGGAAGGCCUAUCAUCCUCAUUGCUUUACCUGUGUGGUGUGCCACCGAAGUCUGGACGGCAUUCCCUUUACUGUGGACGCCUCAAACCACAUCCACUGCAUUGAAGACUUCCACAAAAAAUUUGCCCCACGUUGCUCUGUGUGUAAAGAGCCCAUAAUGCCAGCUCCUGGUCAGGAGGAGACUGUGCGUAUUGUUGCCUUGGACCGUGACUUCCAUGUGCAGUGUUACCGCUGUGAGGACUGUGGCUGUCUUCUCUCUGAGGGGGACAAUCAGGGUUGCUACCCUCUGGAUGGGCAUGUUCUCUGCAAAAAUUGCAACACCAGUCGCAUCCAGGCCCUCACUGCCAAGGCUACGACUGACCUCUGAGUCACAAACAUACAGUAUAUACAUGCACAUCCCUGGUAUCACUGCAGAUGCAUUCAUCAAAUCCUGAGAAACACCAUAUCCUGUCAAAUCACUGCAUGCAAAUAUUUAUGCCUAGACAUACUCAAUGCACAUGCACGCAUAAAGCUGUCAGUCCACUUAAGAAGCCACAUCUUUUCUUAUUGCUCAUGCGCCUCCACACACUGUAUUGAAAUUGCACUCAUUUAUUCUGUCCAGGGAAAAGUAUUCCUUCUUAUAAGCAGACAUGUAUUCCUCAAGGCUCACAACAGCUGCUUUUGAACACCUAAAUAAUGUACAGGUAGACCUUAUUAGAGAUAUAUAGAGACGGAUGGUGUUUUCAAAAUGCUCCAAUCAUUUUUAACAAUGUUUUUAAAGCAAUAGUUUAUCCAAAAUUGAAAAUGCUGUCAUCAUUUACUCACCCUUGUGUCGUUCCAAACCUUGUCGUUCUUUCUUCCAUGGAACACAAAAGGAGAUGUUCGGCAGAAUGUUAGCCUCAGUCACCAUUCACUUUCAUUGUCUGAAAAAAAAAAAAAAAAAAGAUGCAAUGAAAGUGAAUGGUGACUGAAGAUAACAUUCUGAGGGUGAGUAAAUGAUGGCAGAAUUUUUGGGUGCACUAUCCCAUUAAUAAUAGUUGAUAAAACCCUCAUAGAACAUCACAAGACACUACCUCUGAAAAGAGACCAUGCUCUACAAUCACUAUAAUUUUUGGUAUCUAUCUGACCUAUGGCUUUGAUUUUAAAAUGUAUAUCUCUGUUGAAACUGUAUUUCACCAUCAAUCACAGAGGCAAUAUCUAUGGAAAUAUGCUUUCAUGCAGUGCUACCAGUUAUAUAAACAAAGUCACACCAAUGGAUACAAGUAUACAAACUCAUACAUUCACUGCAAUGGCUUUUCAUAGCUUUAUCUUAUAAUGCAGAUACAAACAUGCUUGCCAGGAAUUUUUCACAAUAUAUCAUUCAAACACAGUUGAAUAGCAUUUUAAAUGGAUAUAACAUUGAAACCUCCUGAUAUAUUAUGAUGCCUUUGAUCAUUUCUGUUGGGAAGCUUGAGGUUUCAUUUUUGCAAAGGUACAUGACAUUUACAGGUAUAGAAAGACCCUGACUCUGACCUUGAUUCAUGCAUCAGACUUGCUUCAUUAUCAGCAUGUUUUGAUAACAUACAGGUGUAAACACUGUUUAUAAACACACAGCCUUUUUAUGUACACAUUUCUGAAUUCACCCUUUGAGAUAAAAGUUACCAAAGAGCUACAUUUACUUUCUCUGGGAAAGUGUGUAUGUAUAUUGUUGUUUGCUUAUGAAAUCUGGGAAAUCGGGAAGAGUAUUUUAUCACUUAAGGACUGUGAAUAACCUUCAGUAGCUCAUGUAAGACUCAAAGCCCAAAUAUGCUGUGGUUCAUUUAGUGCGAUCUCCUGUUUCGUCCUCAAUGGAACACUUUAAUUCAAGCUAAUUUAAUAAGAAAUAUCCUAUGCUUAGAGAUUUUUUUGUGGUUUGGUAUUAUUUUUUCCAGUUGCGCUCAGUUAUUGCAUUUAUUUGUAUAUCAUGAGUGAAAAAUAUUGAGGAUGUAUUGGGAUAAAAUGUAUGUAUGCAUUUUCAGAUAUGCACAGUGAAUUGUGUAAUACUUAACUAUGUAAUAGCAGAAUGAGAAUAAUUUGGUAUUAAUUUAAAAGUCUCAGAGGAAAAAAUGAAUGCUCUCUGAUUAGGUUUAAAGUGUGACAAUCAGGGCAGAAAGGAUUUGGGAAAAACUGUGUUGUAUUUUUUCUAAUUUGAUCUAUAGUAAGACUUAAAAGGCUGAUGUGCUCUCUUACACAGCCCAGUGAUCAAUAUUUUAAAUAUCCUCAAAUUGUGAAUUUAUUGUAGUAUUAGUUACUUAUAAGAUAGAUAUUAAAAAUAGGAAAACCAUAUAAGGAUAAGAAUUCUACUUUCAUAAUUUUGUAAAUGGAUAAUAUCAUUAUGCAAAUUUCUUCUAUGUUGUUGCAUUGACACUUUACUUAAAGGGAUAGUUCACCCAGAAAUGAAAAUUCUCUAAUCAUUUACUCACCCUCAUACCAUACCAGAUGUGUAUGACUUUCUUUCUUCUGCUGAACACAAACAAAGAUUCUAAAAAAAAAAAAAUGAUCAGCUCUGUAGGUCCAUACAAUGCAAGUGAAUGGUGGCCAGCACCAAAAAGUAUAUAAAGGCAGCAUAAAAGUAAUCCAAAUGACUCCGGUGGUUAAAUCCAUUUCUUUAAAAGAUAGGUGUGGGUGAGAAACAGAUCAACAUUUAAGUCCUUUUUUAUGAUCAAUACCCAUUUACACUUUCACAUUCUUCUUUUGUUUUUGCCAAAUUGCAUUCUUCAUGCAUAUUGCCAUCUACUGGGCAGGGAGGAGAAUUUAUAGUAAAAAAGGACAUCAAUAUUGAUCCGUUUCUCACCCACACCUAUCAUAUCACUUCUGAAGACAUGAAUUUAACCACUGGAGUCGUAUGGAUUACUUCUGUGCUGCCUUUAUGUGUGUUUUGGGGCUUCAAAAUUUGGUACCUAUUCACUUGCAUUGUGAGGACCUACAGAGCUGAGAUAUUCUUCUAAAAAUCUUUGUUUGUGUUCAGCGGAAGAAAGAAAGUCAUACACAUCUGGAAUGGCAUGAGGGUGAGUAAAUAACGAGAGAAUGUUUAUUUUUGGGUGAACUAUCCCUUUAAGAAUGAUAUGCAGACAUUUUUAUUCAUGUGUUUGAGCUGUUCUUAAAACUACAGUGCACACAGUUUUGGAAAAUCAGAAAUUAUGAAUAUAUAUCUACAGAGUGCCAUCAUAAAUUUAGAGGUUUCAAGAGUUAACAACCCAGGGAAAUUUCAGUCAUAUCGGUUUACUGCAGUGAUGCCCCAGGGAACUUCCCCUCUGGUUGCAAGGGUAAAUUCAGAUGUGAAAAACAUAAUAUAUAUGCAUACUACAUAUUAAUAUAUAUAUAUAUAUAUAUAUAUAUAUAUAUAUAUAUAUAUAUAUAUAUAUAUAUAUAUAUAUAUAUAUAUGUGUGUGGUCACAGAUCCUUCUUGAUUUAUUAUGGCAGUUUGUGGAUUGUUCAGUAUGUAAAACUAAAUGCGCUGUGGCUUUAAGCCACGAGAGCUACAUUUGUGCUUCAGUGCUUCAAUCUAUACCUCCUUUUCUUAGUACCUUUUCUAAAUGUGCUGUGCCUUUUCCAGCCUGUGUGGAACUGUGGUGUUUUAACUUGAUUGAGCACAGAAACAGCUGUUUGUGGCUGGUGCUGUGUGUAGUUUUAUUUUUGUUUUGUUUUUUUUUGCAAUUCACACUACCUAGAGGCAACGCAUAUUUGCUACUUGAACUGAUCUUUUUUUCCAUUUUUUUAGGUAGAAAGACCAAAUAUUUCAAGUCUUAAUUAGACAUUUGAGUGUUGAAAUAUUAAGAGUGUUAUUGGAAAGAAAAUUAUUUCUGAAUUACUUGCCACAAAUAGGCUGUCCUUACUUUCCCUUGCUUUUUACAUCCCAAAAACGAAAUCUCAAGUUCUUCUUACACAUAUUGCAGAUAGAUUUGUCUCAAUUUGAAUUUAAUUAAUUAUUUUUUAUCUAUAAAGCAUUCCUUUACCAUUUAAGUUGUAUUUGUAAGGGUUUUAUUCUGUUAUUCAAGUAUAUGAUCUGGUGCAAUUGCGCACACACAGUACCUAGUUUCAUGUUGUGCCAAUUUGUGAUCAUUACAAUAGCAAAAACCUGCUGAUUAUAUAAGACUGUUGUUGCAACAUAUUCCAAAUACCAGCAUUUAAUUGCCAUUGAAAUACAUGAGUAAAACCUAUAGAAAACAUAUAGGACUGGUGGAAAGCUGUCAUAUACCGAACAGGGCACUUUUAUGUUUUUGUUUCCUUUCAUCAAAAAAGGUAGUUUAAAGGAACCUAAUAUGUGCCCUGGUGACAUUCUAAUUAUGUACUUGGAUUCUGUUCUUCCACUCUGAUGUUUUCAUCAUGUACAACUUCCUCUAUAAUUAAUAAACCUUUUGAAAAACUC